AUGUCGUUUCUUGCGGGGGCGUUCAUGUUUCUGGGCGAGCUCCAGCGGGCGCUGCCGCUGGCCCAGCACCUCGUUGCCACCAGCGAACGGACCCGCGGCCCGGACAACAGCGGCACGAUGGUCGACAAGAUGAACCUCGCGAUGGUGACGCUCAUGGCCGGGCAUCUGCACGAGGCCACGGCGCAACUCACUGCGCUCGAAGCGGCGCUUCAGAGCCGCCCCGACCUCUCGCACCAUCACCGUGAAG